AUCGUACGAAGUGUCUAGAAAUCAAUACCAACGUAAAGCGCGGAUAAAGACGAGAACAGUUUCACAACAUCUACUACAAAAGUAUCGUAAUCCCGGGCGAACUGUUCAUGGAAUGAAUCUUAGCAGGAUAUGAUAAAAAAUGGAAUUAUGUUUUGAAAGACAUGUGGUUAUUGUCUGAAAAUGGCUUGGGUGGCCUUAGUCUUUGGAUUAUCGGUCGCUCUGGGAGUCUGUAUCAUUUGUCUGGUGGUCUUUAUAUGUAUGCGCUGUUCAAACUCCACAGGAUCAAGAAAGAUGUCUCGGGAUAUCAAUGACAUAUCUAAGAACACUUCGCAAACAACAAUAGCAUUCCUUGCCACAUCAACCCAGAAGACUCUUCUGUUUGACGAUUCGUUUCUUGUUCUUUCCUCUCCGUUGAAUUCUCGCAGCGAUAAGUAUGAAAACGACGACCUAUCGGUCGGAGAGACUAACGACACUAGUGACGAAAUCGAAGUCAGAAAAUCAUCAUCGGAAGACGACGCCGACUGAACGACACAGUGAAAUCAACAGAUGAUCCUGAUCCAUCACUAUUAUCCUGAGUUCUACAAUUAUCGUCAUUCUUCUUCCAUGUGUGAAUUUUGUGUGCGUGUGCUUUAUAUUUUCUAACAUCUUCUAGUUGAUUUGAUAAAUUAAAGAUAUUGUUUCGUG